AUGGGAACAGCUUGGCCUAAUACCAAUGGGAAGAUAUGGGUGUUUGUAAAGGAGGAUGUUCAGGUAGAUAUAAUUUUGGAUACUGUUCAAGUAUUAACUUUGCAUCUGAGCCAGAUAGAUGGACCUCAGGAUAUCACUGUUUCAUUAAUAUAUGCUAGUACUGACAAAGCCACUAGAAUAGAGUUAUGGGAUGCUUUAUAUUAUCUAUCUACUCAGAUUCAUAAUCCUUGGCAAGUGGGUGGUGAUUUCAAUGUAAUUCUUAAUGAGGUUGAAAAGUUUGGUGGUUUGCCAGUGUCAUUUGUGGAGACUGAGGACUUCUUACACUAUUUGAAUGCCCUUGUGAACAAAUUUCCCAAUCUGGAAGUUGAACAUCUAAUUAAACAAGGAUCUGACCAUGCCCCUCUACUGAUUAAUUACAAGGAAGAUAGCGGAAACAUUAAGAAGUCUUUUAGAUUUCUCAAUUUUUGGGUGGAAAAUGAUACUUUCUUGGAUGUUGUUAAACAGAACUGGGUGGGAAACUUUGAGGAGGUGGUUAAGGUACAUGAGGUGGAAUUUGAACAAAAUCCCUCUAAUUCAAAUAGGGGGAGACUACAAAAAGUACAGGCAGAGCUCAUCAGAUUUUAUGCAGUGGAAGAGAAGCUCUGGAAACAGAAGGCUGAGAUGCAGUGGUUCAAAGAUGGAGAUAGGAAUAUAGUAUUUUUCCAUGCUCAUGAAGCAAUCAGAUUUUACAAGGACCAGUUCUUUGAGGAUCAUAUUCCAACAGAUUUUGAUAUCCUGAAGCAUAUACCUCAGAUGGUCACUAUAGAACAAAAUCAGUUGAUUCAUGAAAUUCCAGAAGCAGAAGAGGUGAAAGGAGCAGUUUUUGGGUUAAAUGCAGAUAGUGCAGGAGGACCAGAUGGAUUCACUGGGAAGUUCUUUCAAUAUGCUUGGGAAAUAAUUGCUGAAGACAUGGUGCAGAUGGAAAUUGUGCAUGGUAUUAGAAUUAGGGGAAAACCAGCUAAUGUGGUCAUCAAAUUGGAUAUGACUAAGGCUUAUGAUAGAGUUUCCUGGCUAUUUUUGACUAAAGUGCUUAGGCAAAUGGGGUUUGGAGAAAUGUUGAUUGAUAUGCCUCAGGGGUUCUUUAAAUCCACAAGGGGGGUGAAACAGGGAGAUCCUUUAUCACCAACCUUGUUUAUCUUAGAAGCUGAGUGUAUGUCAAGAGCUUUAAAUGUCCUUCACGAAGAUGGAAAAUUUAAAGGAUUUGGAAUGCCAAAAUGGAGCCCCUACAUCAAUCAUCUUGCAUAUGCAGAUGAUACUAUCAUCUUUGCUUCUGCAGAUGACUAUUCUUUGAAGAAAGUGAUGGAGACUCUGACUGAAUAUGAAAAGACCAGUGGCCAGAGGAUCAACAAAACAAAAAGUGCAGUGUACAUGCAUGAGAAAGCUUCAGAGAUUGCUGUGACAUUGGUGAAUAAUGUUACAAGGAUACCAAGGAAAGAAUUCCCCUUCACAUACUUAGGGGUGCCUAUUUACUAUAGCAGAAGGAAGAUUGAGCACUAUAAAGAGAUUUCUGACAAGGUAAGUAAUAGGUUGUUCUCAUGGACUGGAAAAUUGCUUUCUAUUGGAGGCAGAAUCACUCUGAUAAAGCAUGUGCUACAGAGUAUGCCCAUUCAUCUGUUGUCAGCUUGUGAUCCACCUGCUGGGGUCUUAGCUAAUUUGCAUAGGAUGUUUGCAAAAUUCUUCUGGAGUAAGUCUAUAGGAAAUUCCAGUAAACACUGGACCUCCUGGACAGUGUUGUGUCAUCCAUAUGAAGAAGGAGGUCUAGGGUUUAGAAGUCUGCAAGAUUUGAAAAAGGAGCAUGCUGUUUUAGUAGGAUGGAAGAGAGGCAUUUAUGUUUGGAAGAAGAUGUUACAAAUAAGGGAUCUGGUGGAGCAUGAGAUUUGGUGGCAACAAAAGCAGGGGAAUUCUCAUUUCUGGCUGGAUAACUGGACUGGACUAGGUUCUUUAUAUCAUGCUACUGGUACUAAUUUUGAUUAUGAUAGAACAGUAGUGCAAGUACAUGAGGCAGUAGAUGUAGGGGGAUGGAAUGAAGGCAUGCUAAGGGAUUUGAUUCCUAAUAAAAUUGUGGAACAUAUCCUAAGCACUGUAACACCUCCAACUAAUCAAGAUGCAGUAGAUAAACCUUUCUGGAAGUUAGAAGCUAGAGGCAAAUUCACAGUUGGUUCUGCUUAUCAAUUUGUGAGACAGAGAAAGGAGCCUAGUCUUUUAUAUAAUAACAUGUGGAUAAAAGGGCUUCCUAUUAAAAUUUCCUUCUUUAUGUGGAGAUUCUGGAAAUUUAAAGUCCCUUUAGAUGAUGCGGUGAAGAAAUGGGGAAUCUAA